AGAACUGCUACAGUGGGAAAGUACGUGAAGGCAGAGUACACGCAGGCUGGCUAAUCAUGGUGUUGUAGCUGCGAAGCUACUUCAGUCGAAUAAGAUAGAAGCCCAUUUGUUGUCUUCGGUGCUAUAGUUUGCUAACAUCGAUGUUAGCAACUAGCUUGUUCGUGUAAAUGCUUUUCACGAGAAUGGACCUGUUGAACUCUCAGUUCCUGGACAAGAUGAACAAUAACAUUGGGAGACUGCACUACGAAGAUGAGUCCAGGAUGCCCUCCCUGUCCACUGCCAUGUCCAACAUAACUGGGCCUCCUCCACACUGCCCGAGCAAACGAAAGUACGGCGAAGAACAAAUGGAAGACCGAAUCAACUGUGAUGAUGACCACAUGACCAAAAUGAGCAGACUGUUUGCCACUCAGUUGGCCCGCCCCUCCGCUGGAGACAACCGUAAUGAGCACUGGAGCCUCAGCCACAGUCCUGUGGAGCACGUUACCUCCUCCUCUAACGGUCUCCAUGGGAACCACCUGUAUGCUUCCAUUUCUGGCUAUGCUGUAGACCAGCCUCUGGCUCUGACCAAAAGCAGCCAGGAAACUGGAGUCGGGGGAGUAGAGAGGUCUGUCAUAAGUGGGACUGUGGAGCGACAACAGAACCGUCCCUCGGUUAUUACCUGUGCCCCUGCAAGCAAUCGCAAUUGUAAUCUUACACACUGCCACAUGAAUGGCUGCACUCCCAGUCCACCUACUGAUCAGAGAAAGACCAACGAUAAUGCAGUCUGCGAUCCUGUGAUCGAGGAGCACUUCCGCCGCAGCCUCGGCAAGAACUACAAAGAAGCAGAGCCGGUGUCUAACUCGGUGUCCAUCACAGGUUCGGUGGACGACCACUUUGCCAAGGCGCUGGGGGAUGCUUGGCUCCAAAUCAAGGCCAGGGGUGGAGGUCCUCAAACUCCAGAGGCUGAUUCAUGAAUCAGAGGGGGGAGUAAACAUUACAAUCACUUCUAAGUGUGUGCAUAUGAGAGUGGAGAUAGCCCGCUGUCAUUUCUUGCCAAGAAUCAACUUCCCUUAGCCAAGAACAGUGUAAGACAUAUGGUGCUCACAGAGGCUGUUCACUUGUGGACCUCGAGGUCAAUCUUCUAUUGGAACAUUCAGCUCAGAUUUGUAAUCUGAAAUUGGCAAGGCUCUCCGUCAUAGAGGAGAAACUAAACAUUGCAUAGUUGGGUUGACAGUGUUAGUUCUGAAAACAGUGUACAAUCAUAGAUUUUAUUUUGGAAUGAUGAGAUUCACAACGUGGUCAAUAAUUUUUCUGGAGCCCGCGCUCACUUGCCUUUCACCUGUCGCGAUAGCCAAAGAAACUUCCUGCCUUUUUCAUCAACAUAUAAGCCAUAGAUCUGGUCUCUAUCGUCACUCUAAAGUCACACUGCUUUUUUUUUACUCUCUACUACUUGAAAAGGACAGCCAGGUCUCAUUUGCACUAUUACGUUUCUGACCGUUUAGGUAGCAGGUUACCCGUUUCAGUUGGAACUAAUGUGUUCAAGAAUGCAUUUCGUGUUCUGAGAUUGUGAUAAUGCAAGUAAGGCUCUGGUCCCCCCUCCUUCCCCCCCAGCUUUCUGAAGACGCUCGAUUAGUCGGUCUUCUUUAUCAUGGUGAACUGGACGUAUCCACUGUUGAAUAAAUAUUUGUAGUUUCCUGUCUAUACCUUCACUGUGGCUGAUUACUUAGUGAACUAAUAUCAAUCAUAGUAGAUAUCUCUAACUAGAAAGCAUGUUUCAAAUAGCUGGUUUCUAUUACAAACCUUAUUCUAUACUAUAUAUUUACUCAGAAUUUAUUUUUUAUCUGUAACAUUUUAGAAAUACUCACUGCUGGGACAGUUGUACUCAAUAUAUUUUUUGUAUCCGGUUUUCAUUACUUUACGUAGGUGUAUAUCUAAGCAUCCAUCUACAAAUAGCGGCCUCUGGCAAGGCUGCGUGAAUGCGGUUUGAAAGGCCGCGUCACGUUUGUUAUUCUGUGGACGCUAUAGCUUUACACGUGACUGAAUACAGCUAAAAUCUGAUCUUCUGUAGCGCAGUUUAUUUGCAGUGGCUUUAUUUAUUCUCAACAUGUUGAUAGUGUCAUGUUGACUUUUGGCAAAACGUAGUGACAACAGAAGUCUCACUUUGACGCGUUUCUCUCCAAUUAGAACAACGGCGGAUUUCUCCUUUGCCUCAGUGACAAAGCGGUUGAUUUCCCUUUUUAAAAAAUAAAUUAAAACAUUUUUUGAACGGACAUGCGAUGUGGGUGUCCUUAAUUUACGAGUAGGCAUCAACAUUCCUCCACUGCUGCCUGACACUUAACAGUCACUUCAGUUGGGUUUAGCAAGUACUGUUACAAGUAUGUUUGCCUUUAUAUAAAAAACAAAAAAAAAUCAUGGUGGUGUUACGGUGUGAGCUGCAAAAAUCUUCUUAAUAAUGGAGAAUAGGUGUAACUGAGUAACAAAAGUUUUUUUUAUGCAGUUGAGUUUAAGUUAAAUUUUCCCUCUUCUGAAAUGAUCUUAUAGUCCCAUAACCUAUUUGUCGACACUGAUUAAGAUAUGGUAUUGUAAAGUCAAAUUUGUUUGUCAAUUAACUGUCUGUGAAAACAUUUACAUUUGUAUUAAUAUUUUGCCUUUUUUUUUUUUUUCUUCCUCCAGUUGUUACAUACACUAUCCUGUCUUUAUAUUUUAUUUUACUCAUAAGACUAUCAUUGCGCCGUGCGGAAUGAUCAUAGAUGUUUUGUUUCUAUUCAGAGUAGCGUACUCAUCUGUAGCAUGGGUGUUUAUUAUCUUCUAACCAUGCGUUCUGUCUUUAAAAAAAAAUAAAUAAAAAAGUUGAUUAUUUUUUUCCCACAGUUGUCAGAUGAUUAAUAAGUGCAGGAACACAACAGUCUUUUGAUCAAAGACUCUCUUGGUGCAGUGUCAGGAAGACUUCUGUUUGUUUAACUUUCUGUGUGUACCAUCAUAGAAAUUGGUGAUUAUCUCGGGUUCUGCUUGUUUGACACAAGUGGAGUUUUCAGUAAUAUGUUUGGGGUUUUAGUCCAUUGUUAUUUAAUUGCUAUAGACUACCUGUAUCUCAAAGACUGUUUGCAGAAAGUGCUUGUUCCAGGUGUCAUCUUCAUAUAAAAAAAAAAAACAAAAAAGGAAAAAUUUGUUCACCUUUGUCCUUAUUUCUCUGGAAGAAAAUACCACUUUUUUGUACUUACAUUUCUUCCAAAUAAACAUAAUGCCUACCUUUGCAUA